GCAGAAAGGGCCAAAAAUAAAAAAGAAAAUAAAAUAAAAUCGAACAAUCACAAAAACUUUAUUACCAAAAAAACACACACAAAAACUCUCAUACAAUUUUGACGUGAAAUCAGGUCUUUCAAAUAUUUUCUUUUGAAAACCUGAUUUCAUAUAUUACAAUUUUCCAGAAAGAGAGAGCGUGCUUGAAGAUCUGUAUGCAUUUUUAGAGAAAGAGGAAGGGAAAUAAAAUAGAUGGGUUGCUCAUUUUCUGGGUUGAAUGCUCUAUACGACGCCGUUAAUGGUGGAGGGGAUGUUUGGAUCAAUGAGAACAGGUUCAGGAUCCUGAGGCAGCUAGGUGAAGGUGGGUUUGCAUAUGUGUUCUUGGUCAAGGAGGUUGUUGCCGACAGCUCCUCCACUUCUGGUUUAGCCAAGAAAUGCAAAGACACUACCCAUCUCUCUGAUGAUGGCACUUAUGCUAUGAAAAAGGUUCUCAUUCAGAGCAGCGAACAGUUGGAUUUAGUGAGGGAGGAGAUUCGUGUAUCGUCACUGUUCAAUCAUAAUAAUCUCCUUCCACUUCUUGAUCAUGCUAUUAUUUCUGUUAAGCCUACACAAGAAGGAUCUUGGAGCCAUGAAGCAUACUUGUUAUUUCCAGUUCAUUUGGAUGGAACAUUACUAGACAAUGCCAAGGCUAUGAAAGCUAAGAAGGACUCCUUUUCUACCUCAGAUGUUCUUCAAAUAUUCCGGCAGCUUUGUGCAGGACUCAAGCACAUGCACACAUUUGAUCCUCCAUAUGCACAUAAUGAUGUCAAGCCUGGCAAUGUCCUUAUAACUCAUAGAAAAGGACAAGCACCACUUGCCAUACUAAUGGAUUUUGGCAGUGCUCGACCUGCAAGGAAGCAAAUUCGCUCUCGUGCAGAGGCCCUACAAUUGCAGGAAUGGGCGUCUGAGCACUGUUCAGCACCUUUUCGAGCUCCUGAGUUGUGGGAUUGCCCAAGCCAUGCAGAUAUUGAUGAGAGAACUGAUAUUUGGUCAUUGGGAUGCACUUUGUAUGCAAUAAUGUAUGGGGUAUCUCCAUUUGAAUAUGCACUAGGAGAAUCUGGAGGAAGCCUACAACUGGCAGUUGUCAAUGCACAAAUAAAGUGGCCAACUGGAACUAAUCCUCCAUAUCCAGAUGCCCUUCAUCGGUUUGUAACCUGGCUGCUUCAACCCCAGGCCACAGUCCGACCGUGCAUUGAUGAUAUUAUUAUUCAUGUCGACAAGUUGAUUGCAAAGUUCUCUCAGUGAGAUAAAUAUGCAAUGUAAUAUAACUUUCGGCAUGUCUUCACCUUCGACGUCUAAGCAAAGCUAUUAUAAAUUGAUCGUUGUGAAUUCGUUUUUUUAUACUUUGAAGUGAAAUAGGGCAGUCAAUGAACAGCAGUUCCUUCUCUGAUAUUAUGCAGAUUUUUGUUGUAGUUUUAGCAGUUGUGCAUUGGUGAAGUGUUACAGUAUUAUUUCUGUCUCUACUAUUUGAUUUUAUCCUUUGUAAUUCAUUAAAGUGCCAAUCUCCUUGGGCUUCCUGAGAUUAAUUUAAUAGUGAAAAACAAUAAAUUUUGAUAUCAAUACGAUAUUUCUGUUUUCAA